AAUCAGAAGAUAUAUAUAUAUUUAUAUUUAUUGAUAUAUAUAUCUUCAAAGGAUCAACAAUGGUGAGCAAUGGUGCAGCAGAUGAUCAUCAUCACAAGAAAAACAAGGCUGGUGGCUUGGCUAGCGUGCUAGCACUAGCCACUGCCAACCCACCCAACGUUGUCUAUCAGGACAACUUUCCUGAUUACUUCUUCAGUGUCACCAACAGUGAGCACAUGGUUGAGCUCAAGGAAAAGCUCAAGCGUGUCUGUGACAAGUCUAUGAUCAAGAAGAGACACUUCUACUUGAAUGAAGAGAAGCUGAAGGAGCACCCAAAUCUCUGCGCCUUCAUGGAUCAAUCUUCACUAGACACCAGGCAUGAUAUAGUGAUUGAAGAGGUUCCAAAGCUGGGAGCAAAGGCAGCCACCAAAGCUCUAGAGGAAUGGGGACGUCCACGUUCUGAAAUCACUCACAUCAUCUUCUGCAGCACCGGCGGUGUCGACUUGCCCGGUGCCGACUACCGGAUCAUCAAGCUCCUCGGCCUCUCUCCAUCCACCAAGCGUGUCAUGCUCUACAGCCAGGGAUGUUUCGCUGGUGGCACAGUGCUACGUAUAGCUAAAGACCUGGCUGAGAACAACGAGAACGCUCGUAUACUUAUUGUAUGCUCGGAAUCAACAGUGAUUUCCUUCCGUGGACCCAGUGAGGCCAACGAGCACUUUGAUAAUCUGGUCGGACAAGCCAUCUUUGCCGACGGCGCAGCCUCGCUGGUGAUCGGAGCCAAACCUAUCCCUGGUGUUGAGAAUCCGUUCUUUGAAAUAGUGUCCAAUGACCAGUAUAUCAUCCCUGAGAGUGAUGGGUUUAUUGGUGGUCAUUUGAGAGAAGUAGGCUUGACUUUCUACUUGCACAGCCAAGUGCCAAGCACUAUAGGCAGGAACAUAGAGAAAACUCUUGUGAAGGCUUUCUCACCACUGGGUAUCUCAGACUGGAACUCCUUGUUCUAUAUAACUCAUCCUGGUGGGCGAGCCAUUUUGGAUAAGGUCGAAGAGAAGCUAGAGCUUAAGCCAGAGAAGAUGAGAGCUACACGCCAUGUUCUUAGUGAAUAUGGGAAUAUGUCUAGCCCCAGUGUCUUCUUCAUCAUGGAUGAGAUGAGAAAACGGUCGAUGGCUGAUGGCCUGCGCACCGCCGGAGAAGGUCUUGACUAUGGAGUGCUCCAUGGUUUGGGUCCUGGGAUCACUGUAGAGACUGUUGUCCUUCAUGCACUCCCUCUGCCACCUUCCUCUAAAGAAAACUGAUUCUUCAUCCGAUUUUAGUUUAAAUAAAUUAAGUCCUUUGAUGUUGCAGCGUGUUUUAUUUACUAAAAUCAAAUGUUAAUGUAAGAAUUUAAUGAAUAAAAAGUUUUCUUUUA